AGCUGCCAACUCCCCUCAUCCAUUCUGCUUCUCUGUAUUCGUUUUUCUUUCUAUUCAUUAGCGUUGUCGUUGGAAAAAUGUCCUCACCCCUAGCUUUUGACGACACUCGAUAUGCUGCUCUGUCGUCGCCUGGCGACCGGGAAAUGUUCCUGUUCAAGUGGCUCUCCAAUCUAAACGCGCAUUUGGAAGCAGGCGCAACAACUGUAAGCAUCAAUUCGACAAGCAUUCCGCGAUGCACCCAUUCUUUUCAGUGGAUCUUGCUAAUGAGCCAAUUCCUGUAGGAAUCGCUGAAGGACUGCCAACGGCGGCUGGAGCAGGUGCUGCUGGAAAUAGCCAUGGUUCCACCCGCUACCCACACCAAAGCCAGCAACCGCCUCUCCUGGCUUGGCGGCGGCGGCGGGUCGCCGAACCCAGCUGCGAGUAGUGCAAGGCCUGUGAUCGUGCAGCAGGUGCCGAAGCCGACACGAGUGAUCCGGGAUUUGAUUGCAAAGUGCCUGGCUCGUUUGUACGAAAUCGGGGAUAUGCGCACACUGGGCGAGACCUUGGACGCAAUUCAGGGGGUAAUGCAGGCGAAGAAGAAGACAGUGGAGCGCGAGGCACGGCUGGCCGGGUUUGUGUGCGCCAGUGUACUGUUCGAGGCAUUGGCAAAUAAGGCCGGCUUCCGGUUAUUGAGCUGUUUUAACGACUUUGUGGCCAUUGCACUCAAGGUUAUAAAGACCACCAGCGAGGACAUCUCCGUGCGCGUCGAGGCGACUAGGACUCUGAGCAAGCUGCUGCAGGGCGGUGGGAAGACGGCCAAGGACACCCAGGCCAAGGACAUCAUCAAGUGUGUGCGGCCCAACCUCCAGCACAAGUCGCCACUGCUGGUGCUGGCCACGCUCAACGUGUUCGAGUCGCUUGUGUUCUUUACCACAUUUCUGCUGCCCGAGGCCCAGUUUGACGCUGGGUCGUUUAUUACAUCCUCGUUACAAGAUCUGUUGGCGAGCUCUACUCUGGUCAUUCGCCGUGCUGCUGCCCGUCUGACGGCUGUCUUGAUAUCCAGCACAAUCACUCUAUCUACAGCAACCACGGACACUGCAGCAGAAGCGCCGACUGGCAAGAUCGCUGAUCCAGCAAUCAGGGCAAUUGCAAAGUCGGCUGGAUACCAGCUCAAGGCAGCAUCGGCUAGCACGUCAGUGCGCAACAGCAUGGAGGAGAGUGCUCGGGGUGCCAGCAAGUCGCCAGAGCCGUCGCGCCGCAUGACCCCGUCGCCUAUCGAUGCCAUGGAUCGAAGCAAUAGCGAUACUGCCGCAAGGGACUCGGCAGGCAGAGGACGCAGGGGCACAGUCAGCAUGGUUCGACCGGCUGAGAGCGGGUCAGCGGCUAUCCAAAGCACGCGCUCGUCUAACGACUUGACAGCACAGGUCUCCACAGCUGUCAAAGGCGCAGCGGUUGUAUCGGCAGCUGUCACUGAGGGGUUUAGCAGCGGCGUGUCGCUCGCCCAGGCCCUUACGUGGCUAUCAUCGAUAUUCAUUAGGGCUAGCUCGUCGCGAGAACUACGAGCUGGAAUCAUCGAUGCCUAUGCUGCUUUGUUUGAGGAGCUUGGCACCAACGUUGUCGAGGCGCACUAUGCAGUUAUUCUCAACCAUAUCCUUGUUGAUUUGGCAUCUGCGACCCAAGUGCCCGGGUCAUCAGCAACCGACACACAGACCAGGGCGGCGCGGCCGGGACUGACGCAUGCGAUUGGAACGCCGUCAAACCUCAACUCCAAUGCAUUCACAGAGCAGACAGGCGACAACGCAAUUGGGGUUAUUGGCGCCAUCGAUGCCCGCGCAGAAGCCGACAUUCUGGCAGUACGCACCAUGUGCUCCUGGCUGCUUCGUGUUCCAAUCGCCCAAGAGCUACUGACUGAGGGCGGCAAGAUCAAGGCGGCCCGCGCCAUAUGGAAUACCUGGCUUACUGGCACACUUUCGCCUGACAUUCUCGCCAUGAUUGAAGGCAAUUCGCAGACUACCAGUAUUGCUGACGUCGCUGCAGCUAUGUUCAUUUGGAAGCCAUCGCCGGGCACGUCGACAGGAGGAAGCGAAGUAGCAUUGCUUGUGGCCCUGCGCGAAUGGCGCAUGCUGGUUGAAGACCUCGGUGAGCUGAGUCAGUCUCUCGACAUUUUCCACCCAACCCCGUCCGAGGUCAGCGACAGCUACUACAGCGAUGCCAGCAAAAAUUCGUGGAUGGUCCCGCUGGAGAAUUGGCUUGGGUACCCGAACGAGGCGGUUCGUAUCAGCGCCGCUGCGUGCUUAGGGUCGUUGAUGCGCUAUGACCGACUCCAUACAUCGCGCGUGGUGGCAACACUGGUGUCGCGGUUCCAACAGUUCUGCGCGCAUUGCACCGCGCACGGAAACCCGUCGAUUGACGCCAUGAAGCGCUGUAUCGGAUACGCAUACGGAAUUGCAGCAGUAAUCAGCGUCAAUGCUGCGCUGAAGGAUUCGCAUGCGUCGCUGUUGUCGGUUCCGCUUGAUCUGGUAGAGUGGAUCCACAGCAUUGCGCUGCGGCUUCUCAAUGCUGCCUAUCGACGUCUCGAGCCCGAGAUCAUUGAUUCAGACAACAGCGGCACUAAGGUGGUAGCUGGUGUCAGCAGCGCCGAUCCAGCAAACAUCAGUAUGUCACUUGGCACUGCGCCACUACAGGGCAGAGAUCAAGAGGCAGUGAUGCGGCGGCAGUCGCUGUCCAGAUCACGACCCCGCCGCGCGACCGCACUGUUGAACAUGCGUAUGACUGCCGGCUGGGUGCUGCUGACCGGAUUGACCAGCCUCGGCACAGACUUUAUUGCAAACAGGGCGCGGUCGGAUUGGCUUCCACUGUGGACCUUGGCAAUGCCGCAGCCCGACAGCGUCGGAUCGAGCGGAUUUGUCACGUCCGACAUGCCGUGGCAUGUACGCGCACAUCAGCUGCAGUCCCGCGUCAUGGCAUUAUCGCAUCUCCUGGCCUACCGCCGAGUGGCAAACGGUGGACUAGACGAUGCAGAGAUUAGGCAGCUGCUGACCUGCCUGCGGUUCACGCUCAUGUUUGCCGAUAAUGCGCUUGAUGCCCCGCCUCCGCCGUCGACAAAUCGGACUCCUGGGACCAGGCACCUUUCAGGGACGUCCCGGUCGUACGAUAUAACUGAUCCAGCCCGGCCAUCGUGGCAGUUGCCGACACAGACGUCAAUCCUGACUAGCCACAUGCAGAUCCGUGACCGGGUCAUAGAGUGCCUGCAGACCUUCGACGAGCCCGGCGUGCUGUCAUCGCUGACACCGGUAAUUACGCGGCUGGUCGAGUCGGUGCUUGCCAGCUCAGACAACAUGUAUGAAAUCUAUGGCGACCAAAUUGGCUCUGCAAUUUCAAGUGUUGCGAGGCAGCAUGCUGUUCGGCGGGACCUCAUGUCACCACGGCCCGCUGGUCAGCAGUUACAAUCACCACAAACAGCCCACCAGUCGCAGGGGAACAGCGGCGGGACAAAUGCAGCCUAUUCAUGUCAGCGUGGUUUCCGCAGCGGUCCCUGGGGCUAUGAAGCGGAGACUGGUGUAACUACAUUGCUGCGCAGCGUUGUAGCCCGGAGCGGCGGUGCGACAGACAUGUCCUCGGAUCAGCAGUCGAGUGCCAGCAUGCCAAUGGCCAGUGGUGUGGCUGCUGGCGAUGAUUUUGCCAGCACACAUAUGCGUGCGGCAGAGUUCGACUGGCUGUUGACGCUGUGUCCAGUGCCCGCCAAGUUCCUAGCAAAGCAGCCGAUUUCGACCAUUGGAAAUAUCGGAGCUUUGUUAGCAGAAUCGCCGGCAUCGUUCAUACUGUGCCAGCAGCCGGCGUCACCGUACACCAAGCUGGUUGACGAUGCCAUCCAGCUCUUCGGCCACCUGUUCCCAACUCUUUCGGAGAACGCGCAGCUGACAAUCCUCGACGGUCUGGUAAUGCGUCUGAACCAGCUGCCGUUCAAUUCGCACCGGUAUCUUGCGGUUCUGACAAACAUCCUGUCUGCACUUUAUGCAGCAAUGCAAGGCGGUGUAUUGGUGCGCCAGGGCCUUAUUAGGCUCGCGAAAAAUAGGCCUUGCGACGCAGCAGUUUGAGAUUGCGCCACGUGUGGCCCGGGCAGUAGUUGAAAUGACGCGCGCCGCACUUAUCUUGCCGUCUCCCGAACACCGUCUACUGGCUGGUGAGAUCAUUGGGCAUUUGGCGACCUUUACCCGGGAUGCAUCGACAUCAUAUAUGCCAUACCUGCUCGAGCAUCUGACGAACCAGGCAAUUCGAUCGCGCGAUCGCUUUGCGCGUGCUGGCACUGCGGUUGCCCUCGGCUCUCUAUACUCACGCGCAGGAUCAAUUGUGGCCGGUGGGCUAUUGCGCCAGGUAGUAGUUUUGCUGCACUCUCUGGCCAGCGACAAGGACCCUAUUGUCCAUACGUGGGCAAUUUCAGCGCUUGCUGAGGCAGCAAUGUCCGCAGGUUUCAUGUUUGAGCCCCACGCCCGCGACACGUUCCAGAUGGCGCUAAAGUUGUUCCUCAGCGACUCGCACGCAUUCCCGCUAUAUGCUUCUGCUCAAUGGAUCCGUGGCAAGGAGCA